AUCCUGAACGUUGCCACCCAACACAGCCUUUCCGCUGUCCAGGAGACAAGUUGAAGUGCAUAUCGAUACAGUACCUAUGCGAUGGCGCGAAUGAUUGCGACGACGGGUAUGAUGAAGACAGCUCCCUCUGCACUGCAGCAAAAAGACCGCCGGUUGAAGAGACAGCAAACUUCUUGCAGACUUUGCUGGCAAAUCAUGGCCCGAACUACCUAGAGAAGCUCUUUGGCAAAAAGGCGCGAGACGCCCUGUUGCCUCUCGGUGGCUCGCACAAGGUGGCAGUGGCACUUUCAGAGAGCGAAACUAUCGAGGACUUUGGAAAGGCACUUCACCUGAUGCGCAGCGACCUGGAGCAUCUGCGAAACAUUCUGAUCGCCGUCGAGUCGGGCGACCUGGGCCUCCUCAAGGCGAUGGGCAUCCGCGACUCUGAGCUAACCGAUCUGAAGCUCUUCCUCGACAAGCUGGUUUCAACUGGAUUCAUGGACUGA